CGAGCCCUGCCUGAGACAGCACGGUCAUCAUGUCAUCUCCAGCCGGGCUUCAGUUCUCCCAGUCCGACUUCUUGGCUCGGUGGAUGCCAAGUAGCGCCAGAGCCGGGGUGAUCCUAAACCCCUGUCCGGACUUGGCUGGCUCCUUGCGCCACACCUCCAUCGUCGGAUCUCCGUCUCUGAAACCAGACGACUCAUUUUCUUCCGACUUCGCACCUCUGCCCGCCUCCGCAGACAGCAGCUGCUUCGGUGUGGAUGGAUUUGCCCGGUCACCUGCAGGAGAGAGGGCUGGGACUGACAGGCCUGUGAACGGUCUGUCCUCUGUGCCUCCAAGACAUUCAGAUGGAGAGUUGGAUAGUCUGGAUGAGAUGGCGAGCAAAUCCCAGGAUCUGCCUCUGACCAUGAAGCUAGAACAGUUGAGAAAAUGGCAGCAGCACAUGCAGGAGCAGCUAAAAGCCCAUCAGCUGGAGGAGCUGCUUCGACUCCAGGAGGAGCAGCAGCAGCUGCUGGGAAUGAUAAAUGGACCCCAGGACUGCACAGGAGAUCACACAGAGGGUUCAGGGCAGUCAGAAGCAGAAUUGGGGGAGAACUCGCUCCAGGGAAACUAUCAUCACACAGAGACCCUGUACAGCCCCACCAUAAACUGCAGAAGGGGUCCAAAGGGGGCCCCCUAUGGCUUUCGACAGGAACAAGAGCUCUCACCAGCAGGGAAACAGCAGCGGCUACCAGGAGGUCAGGAUUAUGAGAAGGAUGAGGAACAGGGCACGUGGAACUCCAGAGAAAAUGAUCAGGAACAGAGUAUCGAUACCAGCCAUUAUAACGAGCAUGAUGACUCAUUAAUACCAAGUAGUGGUAUGGUUUUGACUGAAGACAACAGCAGAAAAGAAGAUACUGUCUUCCAUGACAGACCUAUCGGGGGUCAGAAGAAGACAUUUGAGGAGUUGGUGGAGGAGCAGCUGAGGCUGGAGGAGCAGAGGCUGAAGUCUGCCCGGCAACAGCAGAGCCGAGACGUAGCUGAAGCUGUACGAGCCCCUCCCAAGAGGGCCUUUCUGAAGCGAGGCGAGGGUCUCUCAAGAUUUACCAACAAUCGCCAAGCCUCAUUACCAAAAAUGGAGGUGAAGAAGGACAAAUCUCAACUCCCGGCCAGAGUAAUCUCCCGCAGCAACUCAGAGCCUGUAGCCAUCCUGAGAGGUUGCACAAACGUUGUCCAGCAGCUUCCCGUCCAGCGUAAAACCGCCACACUCAACAAGGAAAACCGUCCGAAAGGUCCAAGUUCGCCACCCCAGGACAUCAGAGUUAGUAAGGCAGCACACACGAAAGUUUUGGGUAGUCAUCAAAGACAGAACACAAAAGGAUCAGUGUCUGUUCAAACCAACCCAGAUGGUAGACAAACCAGACAACAUCAACAGGGACAAGUCAAGGAGCAGAAUAAUAGGAAAGUGGGUCUAUCAGCUCGGGCUGCGAGGACCCCUGGUGACAACAUGCAGCCGAACCCUGUAACAAAACAGGUGGGCAUGUUAAGAGGGCCAGAAAAGACUGAACGUGAUGCAGCUGGAGAGAAAAGUUGUGGUUCAAGAGAAGGAAGAAAGGGGUCAGACAGAGGAGGAGGAGACGAAGGUCCACAGAAUUCGUUUGAGUUGUCGUUUCAGGAGAAGCUCCAGCACUGGGAGUGUGACCGACAGUUGGAAAGCAUGGAGCUGGGGGAGUUUGAGCUGCUGGAGCAAGCAGCCGAGGAGCUGUCUUUCUCAUCCAACUCCUCCUUUGUCAUGAAGGUUCUUCAGAUGGACCAGCAUCAUCGGCACCUGCAGGUUGCCAAGGGGCUCCACCAGCGACGGCUCUCCUCUACCCCCAUUAAGUCACCUCCCAAAGGUGCACUUCAGAGGUGCAGUAGUGUUGGUAGUAUUGGUGGUUUGGCUUGUCAAAGCAGUUCCAUGAACUCAGAAGCUUCUGUGGUGAAGAUGAGAGACGAUGCACUCAAGAACAAAGUGGGAAGUGAGGAUAAGGAGGAAGAGGACAAGCACGAGGACUCUGAUGUCUCAUUAUCCUGUGGCGGCUCUGAAUUUGAAGAUCAGGAAGUGGCGGUCACACCACCUCUGUUUCCCAGCACUCUUUGCUUUCCUGCACACUCUAACCCGCCAUACGACAAGCGGUCGUAUCAGGACGAAGACAGUUGCAGGGAUUCAGCUUCAGAUGUGACACAAGCUGAUGAUGGGGAGAGUGACAGCGUCCUCAGCAAUGCUGACGAGUCCACUCUGAUAGAGGACAAAGAUAGACAGCAGGGUGGAGUAGUGUUUGACGACAAUGACACAUGGAAUGACCUGGAGGACACUGCAGUUGACACAGCCAAUGACAGUCGAGGAGUUUGUCCAGUUUCCAAGGCAACAGCCAAUGAAGUCUCACCACCAGAGCGGACUCUGUUUAGGAAGGUGGCAGUGAGUAAAGUUGUGGGUCUGGAUAAGGGCACAGUUAUUGGUUCAGCUAAUCAGGAGCCAGAUCCUCCUCCUCCUCCCGCCUCCCAGCUCAUGACGAGGUUGUUCCCCUCGCUGAAGCCGAAGGCCCACAAUGCACCUCUCCCUCCUCCCCCUCCUGCUGCUUCUGUUGCUCCAGAUUCCAAAAAGCCAGAGGUGGAGACAGGCCAGCAGGUCCAGUCUAGACUGCUGAGGGAGAGACUGGUUGAGCUGGAGAUUGAGAUCGAGAGAUUUAAGAAGGAGAACGCUGCCCUUGCAAAACUCAGACAGGAGAAUGAGAAAAAUCAGGAAACUCUCAGGAAAGAGCGUUUGGAGUUUGAGCAGAUGAAAACAGAGGAGCUGGCCAAGUUUGAGGAGUACAAGAAGGAGGAGAACAAGAAGUUGCAGAAAGAGCGCAAACUGUUUGAGAAACAUGCGUCGGCCGCCAGAGCCAUGCCCGACAAGAAGGAACGAGAAGAAAUCCAGGUGUUGAAGCAGCAGCUGAGCUCCCUGCAGGAGGAGCUGAGAGGGAGGGAGAGUCGCUGGGCCUCCACACACAGCCGGCUGAGGCAACAGAUCGACUCCCUCAGCCAGGAGAACAGUUCUCUCCGGGACGAGAUUCGUAUGUUGGAAAAGCUCCGCCUCAGUGCCUGGAAGAAAAACCCUGUCAAUGCAGAGAUGGACAAAGAAACCAAAGACUGUCCCAAAAUGUUUGAAAACAAUGGGUCAUCUGUGACCAAAGGAGUGAAAUUUGCUAGUCCUCUUGACUCCAGAGGAAACAGCAGCAGCAGCCCUCCACAGAGCACGACUGCUGCAGCCAUGAGAAGGGGCUCCAGGGAGAGCAGUAAGGGUGCUACAGCAGUGAUAAAGAGCAGCCUGAGGAGGCCAUCUGGGCCAGGCUUCACGUCCUCUUCCUCCUCUUCCUCCUCAUUGCCUGGCAGGAGGACAGAGGAGAGGUCAACACCCGCCAGCAAGAGUGAGGACAAACCUCCAAACCAGGAGCACAGCACACACAUCUGCUCUCCGAAAAGAGAUUCUCCGUCGAGAGACCCAGAGAGCAGUGAGGCCAAAGACCAAGAAUCAGCUCAGGAAGUUAUCACACACCCGGAUGGGAAGAUAGAGAAGGUUCUGGCCGGUGGUGAUCGCAUUAUUGCGUUCCCCAACGGGACAAAGAAGGAGAUUUCCGCAGACGGACUGACUGUCAAAGUCACCUUUUUCAACGGAGACACUAAACAGAUCACAGCCGACCAGAGAGUGAUCUACUACUACGCUGAGACCCAGACCACACACAUCACCUACCCAGAUGGCAUGGAGGUGCUGCACUUCCCCAACAACCAGACUGAAAAACACUUCCCAGAUGGCCGUAAGGAAAUCACUUUCCCGGACCAGACUGUGAAGAAUCUGUUCCCCAACGGCAGGGAGGAGAGCGUGCUGACAGACGGGACCAUCAUACAAGUCAACCCGGACGGCACCAAGGAGAUCCAUUUCAACACAGGCCAGAAGGAGAUCCACACGGCCGACUACAAGAGGAGGGAGUAUCCGGACGGUACCGUGAAGACGGUCUACAGCGACGGCAGGCAGGAGACCUGCUACCCCACCGGACGGCUCAGGAUCAAAGACAAAGAUGGCAAUGUCAUCGUGGACAACAGGCCGUCUUAAUGAGAACUUUAAACCUUUUAUGGUUCCCAAGGCUAAUUUUUGAGAAAACCCAGAAUCACUCGUCUCCUCUCUGCUCCACGAGGAGGUCAAAGGUCAGCUGGUUAGGAUUUAGUGCUGCCAAAAUCAGAGGCAGAGCUGCAGCUGAUAGUCCACAGUAAGAGUGUGAGGAAGUCAUAAGCCUUUAAUAGCAUUUAAUGUAUUUUUUGUUGUAAAGUGAGAAAGUUGAUCCUCCUGCUUGUUAGAACUCUUACAGGCACAGCACUCCUGCACAGGUGAUUUCACUUAUCCUGGCUGAGGGGGGGUCUGCUCAGUCUGAAGGUGGGCAGAGCUUUGUGGGAAUUACGUGCAUGCACUAAUGGACCAUUUUCAUAUCAGACAUUGUGACUUGUAGCAGGAAAAACACAUUUCCUGAACAAAGGCUCAGUUCCAUUAAGCAUUACAUACCUGAGCUUUUCCUGCUACGACUGCCAACUGUCUGCUGUGAAACAAGUGUAAUUUACCCCACCCUGGCAGGUGCAACACAGCUCACAGCUGAGCAAGGUGGAUGUCAAUCAAACACAGUGCGUACAUUUCCGCUCACUGUUGAAGCUGCAGUCAGAUCGGAUUUUGCCUGAAUUUACCGUGGCAAGAAGCAGGCGGGUACGGGCAUAAACAUAAACUGCAGCAGAUAGCAUGCUAACAGCAGCAGUUGUGAAUUAUACAGCAUUUUCAGUACAGUCAAACAGCAGCCCUGCUCCCCUGCUGCUUUUAUUAUUUCACUGUGCACCUAUACAACAAGAAUAUAAACAAACCGUACUACUGAAUGGCAGGAAAUUCCCACUCACUCUGUAGAAACAAGCUCGAGCCUUGUGACUGUGCCCAAGUUCAGUCGGAUGGAAUUUGGUGUGAAGCGAAAGAGGCUACUACAGACAAAUGCAUCUCUAGUCCACUUAGAAAUGAAUGGGAUGCAGUCAGUCUGCAGCAUAAGGGCUCCAUUCAUUUCAAAUAAGUGAAUUCACCUUUGUUGGUGUGCAGGUGCUUUAAGGGAAACAGACUGUUUAAAGUCACUCUUGCUCCCACACCAGCACAUCUUAGCUGCCAUACCUUCACUCUUCUGUCUGUCUGUAACAUGCCACGCCCCUCUCCCCACAAAGGUACCAUGUGGAGUUUCCUUAAAUACAAUUUUACAUUCAGUGCUUCUUGCCAAAACACUCCCUGAAGUCUAACUAACGGGCUCAAGGCAUUCCCUUCCCCAGGAAUCAUUUGCAAUGUAGAUGUUAGAAUAUUUUUAACUCUUGCAGUCUUCAACUUCACUGCUACGUGUAAUAGUAUGAAAUAAGCAGCAGGAAUGUGCGUCAUACUAUGUACCUGUGUGCAACCAACUUAGAAACACAACAUCUCUCAUAGUACUACUAGUGGUUAAAAAUGCAGCAGGAUACCUUUGAGACUAAAGCGGUUUCAUCUUGUUAAUGGGGGUUCCUGCUUUCUUUGUUCAACGAGGACACGCAGGUUACACUAUUCCACUGAUCUACAGGUUGUGGUAAUGCAGCAAGAGAUGUAGCAAUGUGCCGACACAUUACCAUGGAUGUAAACAAUGCAGUAACAGUUACAAACAGGAUGUAUGCAAGAAAACUCCACAGGGCAUCUUUAAAGUUUCAGUAAUUCAAAGAAUGUCUCUGAAACUUUGCAAUGAAAUCCCUCCUUUAGUCAGUAGACUGAUGAUCUACUAACUAAAGAGUGAGUAGGCUGUCUAUUGUUUGUACUGCUACCACCAAACUUCAUUCAGUGUUAAUCUGAAUAUUUUAACAAUAACUUAUGUUGUUUACAUUUUCAGUUAAAGGCCUUAGAAUAAUGAAGUGCUGUAGAGAAACUACCAGAGCAGCAGAUUCAACAGAACUGCUUCAGUGUGUGAAGUGUGUUUGGUUUUAAGUG